CUCUCAUCGCCACUCAGUUUGAACGCUGCUAGAGUACCACUGUCUCACCGGCGUACUGCGAGGGUUAGCCAAAGCCCACCGUCCGCGCCUGUGUCUGCCUGUCAGUCAAGCUGGAGAUGGCAGCGAACCGGGUCGGGAGGCGAUGUAACAACAAAGUCCAUUCCCCUAACCGUGGGGCGGCCAGGGAACCUGGACUCAGCGUGCAGAAAAGACAAGCCCGGGUGACGGUGAAGUACAACAGAAAGGAGCUUCAGAGACGCCUAGACGUGGAGAAAUGGAUUGAUUCCUGUCUGGACGAGCUUUACCGGGGCAGGGAGGAGGACAUGCCUGAGGAGGUGAAUAUCGACGAGCUCCUGGACCUACCGAGCGACGAGGAACGAGCAUGCAAACUCAAGGAGAUCCUCCACACCUGCAGUAACAACACAGAAGCGUUCAUCAGAGAGCUGGUGCUGAAGGUGCAGGGCCUGCAGAAACAGGAGGACCUUCACAACGAUGGCAUCGAGCAUCCCUAUCCACACCAUCCCCCCGAACAAGAGAUGCACUGAGACCCCCUCCACCCCAC